AUGGCACCACAGGGAUGCAGGAGCCACUCAGCAUCCUUUAUCCCCCUGGGCAAGGCAAGGAGCAGAGAUGGGUACCCGUGGGCCUCACCUCGCUGGGAUUUUGGGAUGAGCCUGACCUCGGGUCUCCACCAAGGUUGGGAACCAUGUCGCAGGAAAAAAAAAAAAAAAAAAAAAGAAAAAAAAAAGAAAAAUAACCCGCGGGAAGAGGCCGGGGCGCGAACGCGAUGUUCUGGUGAGCAGGCAAAAGCAAACAGAGCGGUGGGGAAGCCUUGGCAGGGGAUGGCGGCAGAUAAACAGGACGGGAUCAUGUUCCAGCAGCGGCGCAGCCCCUCUCCCGGUGCCCCUCGCCGGCAGCCGGAGGGAGAGAGGGAGCAGCCAGCCUGUAAACGCCGGGGCGAGGAAUAUUUGCUUUCCCAGAGCACCUUCCGACGAGCGCAGCAGGCACAAAGCAGGAAUUCAGCCUCGGCGGCCAGGCUGGGAGCCAGGCCAGAGCACGGCCCCUCCGCAACCGGUGGGGAAACUGAGGCACGGGGGGGGACGGAGCAGGUCAGCACCGAAGGGGAACCCCCCGAAGAACCAGUCCUGGCACGCAGACGCUCCGCUGUCGGUCACUGUCCCCACAGGCAGCUGGGACCCCCCGCCUCGCUCUUUCCUCGCCGGAGCAUCCUUGUCCCCGCCGGUGCCUUUGCGAAAGCCGGGGCUGAACCAGCACCGGGCACCCUCCUGCCGGCAGCCCUGCCCUCCUCUCCCCGGGGUGCAGACAGAAAGCAGCACCCAGAAGGCAGAAACGCUAAAGUAGGGUGUCCAAGGCGGAGGGAUGAUCCCUCUCCCCAGUUCCCAUCCCGUCUCCCCUGCGCAUCCCUCCACGGUCCAAGGCGCAUCCCGCCCGGAGGCAUCUCCCAGGCAUCCAUGGGCAAUUCCCCCUCCCCACCGGGGCAUCGGGCUGGGGGCUUCCAGCCUUUUCCCCGCUCCGUGCUGGGCGAUGCUGCAGCGUAA